AUGCCCGAAUCCUACUACAGCAGCGCCAGCUACACUCACCCGGUCGAGUACUACAUAAACUCCGGCCGCGGCCCCGGCUCCACCGCCGGCUCCGUGGCGCCCUCGACCGCCUCCUCCCAAUCCACCAUCCGUCCUACAUACGUGAACUCACAAGGCCAACUAGGCAUCGACUACCCCGCCAGCCAAAUCAGCAGCCGUGGUGCCUCUCGCCAGUCCCACCAAGGCUCAUACCACUCCCUCCGUGACGUCGACCCUUCCGACUCCAGCAGCCAAGUUGGUUCCGUGGUAUCCACCAACUCCCGCGCCAGCCGAGCUAGCCACGCUUCCACCGUCCGCCCCGAUGACUCCCUCAGUCAAGUUGGAGCUUCUUCUUCUUCGGGCGGCAUGAAUCGCAGUAGCCACCCCCGCGGUCGCGGUCGCGACUUAUCCGCAAGGGAACUAUCCCUCCUUCAUGCCCAAGGCGGCUCACAUGCCCCCACGGUAGUUUCCCUCGCCUCGACUACUCAGUCUCAAAACCAGGGCGGCCCGCAAUUACUUCCCUACGCUGAUUCCGACGCUGGUGGUGGGGGAUCCGAUUUCUCAACUGAUAGCACGCUUGUGAUCGAUAUGAGACGUGAUUCUAACCGGCGCCAACAACAACAACAACCCCCUCCCCGCAGCAGCAGCAGCAGCAAUCAGCAGCAUGGUGGCAAUAACGGUGGUGGUAAUGGUGGUGGUGGCAAUGGAAGAAAUACUUACCCGUCUGAGCCCCCUAACGUGGUCGUCACGGAGGCGGAUAUCGCUCGCGGAAGGGAGAUGUGGCCUGGUCUGGAUCGGGAGAGUAUCAAGUGUAGGAUGAAGGUGGUGUUGAUUCGGGAGGAGGUGCAGAGGAGGGCGAGGGUUCAUCUUGGGUUCCGUUAG